CUCAUGCUGCUCGGGAAGAAGCCGCUGCCGCCCCACCGGCAACGCACGCUCCGUCGGCUCCUGGGCAACCCCGAAGGCCUCGAUUACCUCACGUCGGAAGAUGCUACUUUAUACCCGCCCGUCGUGAUCCACGGACGCGUGUACACGAACGUCGACCCGAUGUCGCGCGAGCGCGCUCAGAAGCGCUGGGACGCCCUCCGCGACGUAGUCAUUCGGACGCCAGAGCUCACGCGCAUUGCCCAGAAGCUCCAGGAGAGCGUUCGGAUCCUCAAGAUGCACCCGUCCGAGCGCUCCGACACGGACGUCGCGCAACUCUACUCGUGGCUCAUGUCCCAAGAGAAUCUGAGCCCUGUCUUUCAAACGAGUGCAGUGCACCGCGCCACUUCCGUGCUCAACGCUGUGCUUAGUGCCCGAGAAGAUUGGCAAGAACGUCUGCCGUGAAAUGGAGUUUCUUCAUCUUCGCCCCAACGACAUUAUUGUCCAUCAAGGCGACGUCGGCGAGACGUGCUUUAUUGUCAUCAGCGGUCAAGUGGGGAUCCACGUCCGGAGUCCGGACGAGCAAGACGCGUUUGCCAGAGCAGGCGGGCGCAGAGAUUUUCUGCCCGACCCGCUGACGUGUCAGCAAGAGCAAGACGCGGCGCAUCAAGCGGCGACUCGCAAGCCCAGCUUUCAAGUCGGUGCGCGGCGACAGAGCAACUUUGUGCCGCCACCGCCACCGAGGCCAGUUGUGACCCCCGAGAGCCUCGCGCGCUGCGGCAACAAGGUCACGACGCUCCGGUCCGGCGCGACGUUUGGUGAGAUUUGUCUCAUCGAGCCCGACUCCAAGCGCACGGCGACUGCGAUCGUCGAUGCCUCUUGCUCGAUGGCCAAUCUCAUCGUGCUCUCUGCGUCGUCGUACGCCAAGAUGACGCGCAGCCAGCGCACCGAGGGCACCAUCUCGGACCACAUUGCCUUUCUCGCGCAGAUGCACCUCUUCAAGACGUGGUCCAAAAUGCAGCUCAUGCGUCUCGCCUCGUCUCUGCGCUUCAUGGUGUUUGCGCCGCAGCAGUACAUUUUGCGCAAGAAUGUCGAUGUCGAGUACUUCUACAUGCUGCUGGGCGGCGAGGCGAAGGAAGUGUCGUGCGUCUCGUUCCACGAAGACAUUACGACCGGCAUUGCGGUCAAGACAGCCGAGCACAAGGUGACGGCCGAGCUCACGCACCUCAGCAAGUUUGACGUGGCGGGCGAAGGACUCGUCCUCGGUAAAAAAGUGCACUUGUGUCCCGUGGACGUCAAGGCCGAAAGCACGGUCGUCGCUCUCGGCCUCAGUAAGAAGCUGUUUGGCAUGUACUUUUUGGGCGGGAACGCGUCGCAUCGGCACGUGCAGCACUCGGCCAAGAUCCUGCGGCAGCUCUACGACGCGCGCCAGCACUGGCGCGAAGCCCGCGUCCAGCAAGCGCUCACGUACCCCGAGUACAUGGUCCAAAUCACGGCCAAGAUGAUGCGACUCAGCGGCAACAUUUGCAUGCAGUGCGGUCGGCGCACGCACGUGGCCGGCGAUGUGCUCUGCCUGUCCGAGACGUCGCAGCGGCACCACCCGGCGGUCGACCACUUUGGCGACAAGGCGAGCAAUCACAUUGCUUCGCUGACUGACGACGAGAACGACGACGAGGCGGCCGCCGAGAGCUCGAGCGAAGACGGCGAUACAAGCCGGCACGACACACGGAGCCUAGAACGGCACGCAGUUCUCAAGAGCUACUGGAAGGACGCCGCCAAGCACGGGCUCACCCCGCGCCGCCCGUCCACCCACAGCAUGCCUCGGGUAAGCAGCCGUCGCAAGCCCGGCCCCGAGAUGAUUGCGGCGGUCCGAGCUUCGUGGCCGUACCAGCCAUUCCCGUCCAUCCUCACAAGCACACCGCACUAA